AUGAAAACAAUAAUCUCGAAUGAAAGUGAAUCAAUUGAACAACUAUUGACACACGUUGUUGUGACAUAUUUGGCUCAAUUGUACUGUAUCUGUGUCGUGUGGAACACAUUGGAUGUCAGUGAAAUUGUCAGCAUUAAUUUGAAUUGGAAUCACGCGGACGAUGAUUAUCCGCAAAUGAUGUGGUUGAAAUAUGAAGCGUUCAGUGAAAAUCAAACAAAUAUCGAUGAUUUAGUACGAAUGGGCAUUGAUAAUGAUUGUCAGGCGUUCAUUACAACUCCGAACACAGCAAUUGACUUCAUCAACUCGUUUGAAAAUGUGAGAUUUACCGCAAAAAAUCGAUAUCAUUUGAUGCACGUUGUUGCUUUGCCCACAACCAUCGAUAAAACACGAGGAUAUAUUGAUCGAAUUUUGAAUCAUCCUACAGUUCAAGAUAUUCCGAAUAUUUUGAUAAUAUCGCCGUCAACUCGCGAAAGUAUUAAUCAAAACCAACUAAAUAUCAAUGGUGAAUUGUUUGAAUUGAUAACAUCCCAGUUUGUGGGACGAUAUAACAACACCGAUCCACGGUUUUUGGACACAUUUGAUACGACCACUGGACAUUUUUCUGAAAAUGCAUAUCUAUUUCCUGAAAAGUUUCCCAAUUUACAAGGUCGACAAAUUCGUAUCGCUUUAUUCAACUAUAAUCCGUAUGCCUUUUGGGAGGAAGUCCCACCUGGCGAAGGCAAUGCCAAUGCUAUUGAUGCGGAUGAGGAUAAAACGUUACUAAUUGAUGGAACCGAAACACUUAUGGCCAUAACAUUUUGCGAGCUAUACAAUUGCACUUUGGCGGUUUCACUUGACGAAGAUGGGGAAUGGGGUAAUAUAUGGGAUAAUAUGACUGGAGAUGGUGUAUUGGGCGCUGUGGUUGAACAACGUGCCGAUAUAGGUUUUUCUGCGCUUUAUUCUUGGCUUCAUGAGUUUCAAUUUUUGGAUUUUUCCGCUGCGAUGACACGAAGUGGGAUUACUUGCAUUUGUCCAAAACCACGGCUUCUUUCUGGUUGGCUAUUGCCAUGGGAACCCUUCACGGCGACAAUGUGGACGGCUGAGCUUAUAAGCUUUGUGGGCAUUUUCGUUGCAAUGGUUUUGAUUCGGAUUGCAAUGAAAAGUGCAAAAUCUAUUCGUGAAGACGACAUUGUAUCAACUUGCCUUCAAAUAUGGGCCACAUUUUUGCUGCAACCUACCAAAUAUAGUACUAGGCAUUUACCUGAAAUGAUCAUUGGCACAUUAGCCCUGCUAACAAGUCUGUUGGUUGCAAAUGCAUACGGUGGCGGUCUUUCAAGCAUUAUGACGGUCCCUCGAUUUGAAGCACCAAUCGAUACGCCACAUCAAUUGGCUGAACGGAAUCUGGAAUGGGGUGCAACACAUGAUGCCUGGAUUUUCUCUAUCCUUGAUGCAACACAGCCCGACCUGAAAAAAUUGGUAAGCAAAUUUCAAGCGAUUCCAUUUGAAGCCUUAGCUGCUCGCCGAACGACGAGAGAUUUUUGUUAUAGCGUAGAACGUUUGCCCUAUGGGCAUUAUGCUGCUGGCGAAUACAUCAACGAAGAGGCUUUGAACUAUUUGCAGUUGAUGUACAAUGAUUUGUACUUUGAAUACUGUGUUUCAAUGUUUUAUAAAACGUGGCCAAUGAAAUCGGUUUAUGAUUUGCUUGUGUUGCACGUGGCCGAAAGUGGCAUCCAAAAAUAUUGGGAAUUGCAGUCGGUGGCAAAUCAUGCAAAUUCAAAGAUUCAAUUGGGUAUCUCCGUAUCGAGACAUCGUGAAAAGACAGGAUUGAUCAGCUUGAGCUUGGAUCACGUUAGUGGAGCGUUCUUUUUGUGGAGUGUAGGAUUAUUUGCUGCAACCAUCAUUUUUAUCUUGGAAUUUAUCUAUCAUCGCAAGAAGUCCACGAUUGUACAUGUUGUGCCCUAUGAUUCGCCCGAAUCCUUCUGA